AUGGACGAAGAGACUGCCGGAACCUCAUGCUCCCAACAAUCAGUGGAAAUGACGCCCCUGACAAUGAAAUACCCGCAUCCCCCAUCUUCAACCUUCACGUACGACAGCGGCCCGCCGAGACCCGCGCCAAGUGCCGAACUUGUCAUACCAAAUAUGCCAAGCCACACAGCUCGUGAUACUGUCAAGGGCCGGCGACGCCAGGAAAUCUAUUGCAAGAUCCCGCGAUGGAUUGUUUCAUUAUUCAAGUACUCGAUGCUAGUGGCCAUCCUCGUACUCGCUAUCUCGGGGGCCUUCUUGCUCAUUAAAGAGCUCUUGAAGGCACCGGAGAUCACGCCACCUCUUCAAAGAAACGAUGAGCCCAUCAGCAUCCUGAUGGACGACCGGUUCGCCCUCGGCAUCGUGCUCAUUGAGGGCCAGCUGAUCGUCACCUUUGCCGACACACGACCCACCACCUUCCAAACUUCGAGCUACGAUGAAAAGCUGGUGGUGCACGGGAAUACGCUUACGCAUCCGAUACCGCAUGCCGUCCUCGACUACCCAUGCGAGGAGAACCGUGUCGUCAAUGCGGCUACGUGUUGUACAGUUCCGGCUUAUGGAAUCACCUGCCUGCUACGGUCUGAAUACGGAAAAUGGACCAACUUUCACCUCAAUGCCACGAAGACGCAGUUCUACAAGAGGGGAGACAAGUACGAAGUCCUCGUCCAAGAGCGUGCCAAAGCCCGUCCAAUGCUACUUGAGCACAACGGCACCAAGACGAAGCUUCACCACGACUGCGCAGGGGAUGGCUUCGAAGUCGCCCAUUGGCAAAUGUCACCGCAACCGGAUGCAGGGCACGGUAUGGACAUCCUGCUCAUUCUCUACGAGGAGCACGAGAAUGGGGCUAACGCUGUGAAGCAUCGAUUGGAAAUCUGGGACGAUCCUAGGGCCGAACGACCGACAAGAUGUGUACAUUGGAACGAGCAGCUAGGACUCGUCGAGGGCAUCUGGCUAAACGGCGAACACCUCUGGCUAUAUCACUGCACGACAGUUCAGCACUGUAUAAUCGAGGCCCGCAUCGCCGAAGACUUGCGCGUCAUCUACAACUAUCCCCUUAACGAGAAGAAGCGCUUCGUCUGGAGCAGCAGCUCCUCCACUGACCGCGGGCGGAUGGUGGGCGUGGCGCGGGACAACGUCCUGUCCCUCUUCUCGUACACCAACAACUUGGGCGGGGCGCGCAAGGAGACGCGGCUGUGGCGCGAGACGUUUCACUUUAACAAG